AUGAAAAGGAACAAUGAGAAGUACGACGUUAUCAUCGCAUCAGAUACAGUGAUAUAUUUUGACGGAGAGAUUGUGGGGAAACCGGAGGAUGCAAAAGACGCCUUUCGAACAUUACAGAGACUUCGAGGGAAAGAACAUUUAGUAUACACGGGAGUAGCGCUAGGCUACUCGGAUGGAAGCGAGGAGGUCUUCACUGAGGAAACUCGCGUUGAAUUCGGAGACUACCCGGAUAGGAUAAUUAAGCAAUACGUUGAUAGCGGGGAACCUUUGACUCGGGCUGGUUCGUACGGAAUUCAAGAAUAUGGUGCAGUUUUUGUACGUGCUAUACACGGAUGUUUCAGCAAUGUUGUUGGCUUGCCUAUUUAUCGAGUUCAUAGCGCAUUAGUUGCCAAAGGCAUACUUUAG